CAUAUCAAGAUGGCUGAGUAUUCAAAGGAACUAGGACCAAUCUAUCAAAUGUCGUUUGGCGGCCGUGACUACAUUGUUCUCAACUCCCCCGAAGUUAUCAAGGGAGUCCUUGAAACCAAUGGCAGCAAGAAUUCUGACAGAGUGCCGAGUACAGUUGUUUUGCUGAUGAGCGAUAAUGGCCUGAUGUGGGCCUGGGGAGCUGACAACAGUUACCUUCGCAAGUCCCGCAGACUGUUUCACAACGGUUUUAUCAACAAGACCAACUGGGAAAAGAACUUUCCUGAAUUAUACAAUAACCAAGUCGGUCGUAUCUUGAGAAAGAUCAGGGACCACGGAACUGCCGACGAAGGUUAUUCGUUAAUGGAUGUCUGCUAUCUCUACACAAUUAAUGUGUCAAUGAGUGUUCUAUUCAAUCGUGAUUAUGAGAGCUGUGACGAUCCAGACUUCCUUGAAAUGAAUGCAGUUGCCCACGAUUUUUCUGACCUUGGCGUGGCGUUACAAAUUGAGUGCCCAAAGAUUCUCGAGUUUGCCAUCAGUCCAUUCAUGAACAACGCAAAGAGACUUCAAAAUAAAUUCCGUAGUGUAUUCAGCAAAUAUAUCAAGGAACUUCGUGAAAAGCGCGCAAAGGGCAUAAUCGUGAAAUGUCUUAUUUCUGACAUUCUUGACGUUCAAGAAAAGGAACAAUUGACAGAGCCCGAAUUGGACAACUUUGCCGCUGCUUCUAUGGUAGGAGCAACAGAUACGACUGCCUUGUCACUUGCAAAUCUACUGGUUACCUUGGCAAAUUACCCAGAAGUACAACUCAAGGUACAGAAAGAACUGGAUACAGUAGUUGGUAUAGAGCGUCACCCGACCGAGCAGGACUUGAUCAAUUUGCCAUACACCAAAGCUGUCAUAACAGAGUGUUUGAGAUUCUGUCCACCUGUCUGGAUCAGUCUUCCUCACAUGUCAAGAGAGAGACAAGUCUACAAUGGCUACGAAAUUCCAGCCAACACUGGUAUUCUACAGAACAUCUAUGCCACAAACAUGAGCCCUGAACUCUUUGACAAGCCAGAGGAGUUCAAUCCAGACCGCUAUUACAAAGAAGAACUCUUGAAACCGAAUCAACGUGAUCACUGGAGUUUUGGCAAUGGACGCCGUACCUGUCCUGGUAAUAUAUUUGCCGAGAAAUCACUUCAGUACUUCACGGCCCGUAUUCUUUGGGCCUAUACAUUGACAACACCU